CCACUGCCAAAUUCUUAUCCUCUUUAAAACCCCAUCCUUUUGCGCUAUCCUUCCUACUUCCUACGAAGGUUUCUCUUCUUUUUUGCUGCUAUUAUCAAUAACUUGAUUUCUAGGCAGAAGAUUUUCAGUGGAAGAUUUUUAUAUCUCGUUGAAGAGCUAUGGAGUUUACUAGCUUCGUCGAUACUUCAUUGGGACUGAAUGUGAUGCCCAUCAGAGUUCGCGAAAACGGGCCGAAACAACAAGUCCAAAGCAGUAUCACUGGCUUGGGAAGGAACUCUGGAAACAAUGAUGAGGAAGUCGAGGCGAUGGAGGAGUUGAGAAAAUUGAGUGAAGAGAACAAGAGGUUGAGUGAAGUGCUGAUGGUGGUGUGUGAGAACUACAAUGCGUUGAGGGAACAGGUGAGGGAGUACGUGAACAAGCAAAGCAGCAACAGCAAUGGAGGUAGUAAUAGCAGUGAUGAUCAUCACAGCCAUGUUGUUUUGGGAUCAAGAAAGAGAAAAGCUGAGAGCAAUAAUCAUGGCAGCAAAAAGAAAAAGCAGAUCAACCAAAAGAUGGAUGGCCAUAACUCUGAGAGCAGUUCAAGUGAGGAAAACUCUGCUGCAAACAAGUCACCCCCCUCAGCAAGGGAUGUGGAUGUGGGCCCCCACCUCCACCCCAUCAAUGCCAAUUCCUCCAAAGUUUAUGUAAAGACAGAAGCAUCAGACACCAGCCUUAUUGUGAAUGAUGGGUAUCAAUGGAGGAAAUAUGGUCAGAAGGUAACAAGAGACAAUCCUUGUCCAAGGGCUUACUUCAGAUGCUCUUUUGCUCCUACCUGCCCAGUCAAGAAGAAGGUUCAAAGAAGCAUAGAAGAUCAGUCAAUUUUGGUGGCGACAUACGAAGGAGAGCACUAUCACCACCCCCUCCCUUCGAAGCCAGCGGCUGUGGUCAGCCGUUCUUUGCCUCUCGUGGGUGGUGGCUGCGCCAGCCCCCUCAACUCCCAAGCACCAAACCCAGCCGUGCCCAAAACAGCACCAUAUGGUGCUAAGAUAUCAAGCCCGACGGAGAGGUUUAUUCCGGCUGAUAGACCGGAGUUUCAGAAGGUCUUGAUCGAACAAAUGGCCUCUUCCUUGACAAAAGACCCUUCCUUCAAAGCAGCUCUUGCAGCAGCCAUUUCAGGAAAAUUUCUCCAACACAAUAGUGGCAGGGAGAGCUGGUGAAAUAUGUCCAUAAUACCAAAUCAAGAAGAGAUUAUGUCACUUGGUGUUACUUGCCAUUAGCCGAUUCUUAGUCAAAAUUAGAAGUAGUUCGAUUGCCUUUUUUAGUCCUGCUUGGUGGCGAAAUUUGAAACGUGCAUGUAUAUACACUAGCAACUAGCAUUGUUUAUCAUGGAGGGUCAACAUGGGUGUUUGACCCUCUCUUUCGGCAAGAGGUUGAAAGUUCAAGGCCGAAAUGCCUUUCUUUUGUACUGUAGCAGCCCUAGCAGUAUUACACACGAAGUAUAAGGAUUCAAAUUUCAAAGGAAUCUGAACAACCUCACUUCAGCUCUAUUUGACUUUUUUCUCGUGUUCUGUAGUUUGAAUAGUUCCUUCCUACAAUGUGCAUCUUUUUCAACAUAUAUAUGACCUGCCUCACCAGUCAUCAUACAGAGGCAGAAGAAAUGUAGAACAUUGACUUGCCAAGUAGGUAUGAUUCAAUAAGUAAAUUUUAAGUACUUUACCUCAUUUGAUAGGUUUAUGAUUUUCAUAUCACGCUAACAACAU